AACUCCAAUUCUUUCAUUCGAUUUUGUCAGCGGCCGCAACACACGUCGAGAAAUUCUUGCGCUAGUUUCCGUUCCAGCGGUUUCUUCCACUUCCAGCUAAGCAAGCAACAUGUUGGUCGGGAAAGCAGUCAACCUGCAAGUGCUGGUGGCCCUCAGCUUGGCUCUGGUGGUCAGAGGGGCCUAUCUCAUCGAUUUUUCGAGAGUUUUUCACCACAAUUUGGCAAACGUCAAGCGAGAAGAAAAUAACUUCGCGAGGAAACAUUUGCUGUUGAGGUACUCGCAUAUAAUACAAGUUUUCAGGAUAUUAGACAAAAAAGGCAUUAGAAGAAGUUACAUUUAUGAAAAAAUUCAAACGAAAACAGAGCUUAAAAACACUGACCGUUGCCACCCAACGCAGCCAUUCCGCUGUCCUGGAGAAAGAACAGUGUGCAUCUCCAUCCAGUACUUGUGUGACGGAGCUUCUGAUUGUGAGGAUGGCUAUGAUGAAGAUCCUAGACUUUGCACUGCAGCUAAACGACCUCCAGUUGAAGAAACGGCCAACUUCCUUCACACUCUAAUCAUGAACCACGGACCAAACUACUUGGAAAAAUUAUUUGGGAGCAAAGCUCGAGAUGCAUUGGAGCCUCUUGGUGGGAUGCAAAAAGUGGCAAUAGCUUUGUCAGAGAGUGAGACACUUGAAGACUUUGGGAAAGCUUUGCACCUGAUGCGAUCUGAUCUGGAACAUCUUCGAAACGUCUUCAUGGCUGUUGAAACUGGAGAUUUCAGUCUUCUAAAAUCACUCGGCAUACGCGACUCUGAGCUGGGUGACGUGAAAUUCUUUCUGGAUAAACUCGUCAGCACUGGAUUCAUGGAUUAAAGAAGAAGAAAAAAACUAUAAACUUUCCUCCCUCCUCAAUCCCUCCAUUUGAGUCGUCAACACCAGUACAUACAAAUAUACACACACUACAUAUCUUUGUAUUUCUAAACGCAUCAAUCCACUUACGUAAAAACGGAGUUUCAAUUUACUCCUGAUACGACAUAUGUGUGGACGGGAGUUAAUACCAAAAAAGACGAAAAUAUAAAAAAUCAAUACUAAAAAUUCCAUUUUAAAAAAUUUAAUGCAGUUAAAUUUGAAAAAAAAUAUGGAUUUUUAUCAGUGGUCCCUAAAAAAUUUCCUUAUCCUUACCACUGCAAAAAUGUAUCAACUGCAACAUAUUUGCCUUUUGAUCGAUACUUAAUAAAAACUUUCGUCUAAGCUUUCUUUUUCAUAUUGAAAAUAAUUAUUUUCUUCAAAGUAUGUCAUAAAUUGCUUUUCUGUUUACUGUUAAUUUACGCUAGUAAAAAACACAAAUCUAUAAUUCCAUUUUUCCCAAAACAUUACAUAUAUCUGGUUAUAUAUGCAACAGCAUUAUGUUUAAUUUACAAUCAAAAUGUUCUUCAUUUCGUCAAACUGCGUAAUUACUCUCAAACAUUUUAGCGCACAAGUAACGUCGACUUUAGAAUAUGUAUAAUUAAAUAUUUCAACUGUAGAUGUAAGUUUUCACAAAUGCUGCUGUUAUUUCUUAUUUAUUGAUUAAUAGAUGCUUGGUGGACGGCUCAGUAAUUCCCAUACUGGAUUCAAAGAUCUCGGCAAAUGUCGCUUUCCUAUUUAAAGUUAUGUUUCUUCCUUGUUAAUUUCCUUACUUUCACAGAAACCAGCAAUAUGAAGAGAUUAAAAUUGCUACUUAUCAACCUCUCCUGAAAUCAGAAAGAAUUAUUUAUAAUACACAAAAAUGCAAUUUGAUAAAUUUGCUGGAAAAUUCUUCAAUUUCCUUCUAGUGUCGUUAUUUCUACUGUUUUAAAUUUUAUCAUUUAUUUAAUCUGAAAUUUUUAUUUCAGUAUUACAUGCAAUUUCAUCGACUAAUAGAUAAAAGGCCAUUAACAAAUUUCAUUAGUAUUCCAAAAUAUGCAACAAAUAGUUUAAAAAAAUCUUCUAUUCAAUAGAGUCAAAUAAAUGGUGCGAAUAAUAACCCGUAGAGUUGAAAUGGGAAAUUCUGUCUGAACAAAAGAAAAACCAGCUGACUUUUGUGUUCUUUAUUAUUACAGACGAUAGCAGAUGCAUUCAGGUUUCGCACCUGGCAUGCAUUUGAUGCGUUGUUUAUUCUUUAAUACAAAUGCUUUAUUUCACUCAAACAGGAAGGCAUUAUUUCAGGCAUUUGCCAGACUUUGAAACGAAUGAUUAUGUGAAUGAUGUAUUUUAUCAAUUUCGCCCUUCCUUUGGCCAUCUAAAACAAUGGUUGUUUUCAACAGAACCCUGAAUGAAAUGUCGACUCAUGGUGCCAGAUGAGUUUGCAAAGAAGUCUGCAAAAGCAUCAGACACUGCAAACUCUUUUUCUCCUGCAAGCAUCUGUAUUCUCACUACGCUGUUUUGCUUUCAAUAUGUAUUUAAAGGUGCACUUUUAAUUCCCUUUAAGCGGUGUUAAUGUCGUUGAUGUUUCAUCUCAAAUCAAUGAGAUGUCCUUUUGAACGUGAUUGUGCUUUAUUUCCUGAAUUUGCACUAUCAUAAGAAUCAAAACAGAUUUUAAACCGAUUCGGUGAUAAUAUCAUUAGAAAUCUCGAAAGUAAUUGCUUAUGAAAAUGAUAUUUAAUAAAUUGUAAUCCAGUUUUAAAAAGACGUUAUCCUUUGAUAUUUAAUCUAAUCAGAUAUAUGUAUAAAAUGAAAAAAAUAACUCAAAAUCGAAAAACAUAUUUGAUACUUCGAUUCACAUCAAGAUAAUUGAAGAAGUUUGAGGUAACAAUCUUUUUGAUUUGUGCUAGAAGACGUUGCUCUUUGUGAGUUUUUUGGAUGUUUCUUGACCAAUAUAUUCGUGUACGUUUCUUCGAUAAGCUUCGUAACCUGUUUCACAUUAAAUAUUUAAGUGAAUGUUUGAUAGAAGUGAAUAUGUUCCCUCUCUAUGAGAUGAACAUUUUGUAAAAACUUUCUAUAAGGCUUAUGCACAACGAAUAUGUAUGGAUUGCCAUUCUUUGAACUUAAUUACAUAAACAUAUCUUCUAACUUUUUCAGGGUGGUUUUAAAUAGACAGUUAAAACACGUGAUUUCACAUAUUUUUUACUGCUUUAAGAUAUAUAUAUAUAUGAAUUAUUUAGUUUUUUGAACCUAUUACAAUUUAUAAGGCAUUAGAAUUAACAUAGACGGAAAUGUCAAUAUUUUACUGAUUUUUAACUAUAUGUAUUUAUUUAAAUUUAUUUUACCUGAAGUAGUUUUAUAAUAAAUAAUAUCAUAUAACAAUUUUUAUGGUUUUAGAAAACUGUAUCUAUAGCAACUAAUUUUAAUUUGUUUAUUUCAGUGUGUUCUGUUGGUAAUAUAAUAUGUUGUAGAAUAAUUAACGAUGAACUUGAAAUUUUCUACUAGCUCUCUAUAGCUUUUAAUGAAGCAAAAAAUAAAAUUUCAUAAUAGAAUUAAAAUGUUCCUUUGAAGGUUAACAAAGAGACAGAGAUUAAUGUUGGUUGAAAAGAUUUGAUGACCUAUUUUGAACCUGAAGAAUAAACAUAUCACAAACUGAAGCUGCCUUAACUUCGCAGUAAAUAGUUUUAUAAUUUUGUAAGAAUUGCAUUUGAAGAAAAUUUUCUUUUAUGAUUCCAUUUGUAAAUUUGUGUACAAAUAUACUAUCUAAUGAUUGUUCUUUGAUGUGCUUUGUUCUGAAGCUGGUAACUGCAUUAGAUGCUUAAAAUAACAUGCAUUUUGAUGUAAACUAUUUAAUUUUGAAAAGUAUUUAUAAAAUUUUCUGAAAAGACGUAUCUAUCAAAUAUCAUAAGUAGAACAUAUAAUUGAAAAAAGUUGCAUGUUCUUAUUUAUUUUUUAAGGAAAAUUAUAUGAGGCUAGGAGAUAAUUUAAAGGUCUUAUAAUGAUUGAAAAUUUAAAAAGACUAAAUGUUAAAUUAUGUUCGUUAAGCAUUCAGUUUUUUAGUGAAUUUCUGCUUUAAAACCAACCUAUAGCUAUGGUACAUCUUUCAUUUUUUUUCUUAAAUGACUAAUUCUGUAAAAUAGCUCUUUUGAAUGUUUUCACAUUAGCAGUUUGACCAUAGCAUGAAUGAUAUCCACUGUAUUUGUCAGAGUUUUAAUUGGUGUAUGUUAACAAGUAUUUGACGUAAUUUUGAAUCUAUUGUCGUGAAUUUCAUACAUGAGCUUCAAUUUUUGCUGCUUUAAAAGUUCUUUAAUUAACAAAAUCUAUCGAUGUUGCUUCAAUAUAUAUAUAUAAUCGUUGAUGUCUUUGCUAAAUAGCACAAUUCAAGGACCAUUCUGGUCACCGAAUGGGUUUAAAAGGCUUUGAUGUUGCAGUGCUAUUUUUCCAAACUAGUUUGCAUAAGAUUUAUCGCACUCUGUUUUAUUGCAAUCAGAUAUUGAUGUAUUAUUCAUGUUAGAGAGAAAAAACUAUUCCUGUUUUCAAAUAUAUUUCUAUAUUUAGUUUUUCAUGUGAUUAGUUAUCGACUGUGAUCUUAAAAUCGAUACUUAAAAAAUAAAGCGCAAUAUGUGAGAGUAUAUUUACACUGUAUAACUAUUCGAUAUUUUACCUGUUUGUAAGUGGGAAGUCGAAUAAAUCGCAACGUGUGU